AUGGCACCUCACUCGGAGGUUGAGAAUGAAGAAAACAUCGUUCGGCUUCCUGCUCCAGAGAAGCCUCGGAUGUCAGAAUCUCCCCCGCGGUUGAUAAUCAUUGGUGCAGGAUCGAGGGGAAACGCAUAUGCACAAGCAUUAGGUGAAGCUACGAAUGGCAUAUGUGCUGCUGUAGUUGAACCCAUUGCAUAUAAGAGGCAAGCUCUUGGCCGAGCCUACAUAUGGGGAGAUGAUGGACAGCCUGUCGAUGGUCAGGAAUUCGAGGACUGGCAGGACUUCGUGGCAUGGGAAGAGGCCAGAAGGUUAAAGAAAGCCGCGGGGGAGGAGGUCCCAGAAGGUGUGGAUGGAGCCUUUAUUUGCGUCCAGGACGAACUCCAUAAGUCUGUUAUUCUCGGACUGGAGAAGCUGAACAUCCAUAUCAUGUGCGAGAAGCCACUGGCGACGACUUUGAAUGACUGUAUCGAUAUAUACAAAUCAUUAUUACCUUUUGAUUCAUCGCCCCCCCAGAGGCUCUUCUCUAUCGGCCAUGUCCUUCGGUACAGCCCCCAUAACAUGCUUCUGAGAAAGCUACUCCUAGAGGACAAAAUCAUUGGAGACAUUCUCUCCGUCAACCAUACAGAACCAGUCGGUUGGUGGCACUUCGCUCAUAGUUAUGUCAGGGGCAACUGGCGCAAAGAGUCUACAUCAGCCCCUUCACUCCUCACCAAGUCUUGCCACGAUAUAGACGUUCUCCUCUGGCUCCUCUCUUCUCAACCACCUAACUCGUCCCUCCCACGGCACCUCCCAAGCAGCAUAACCUCGUCAGGGGCUCGCCAGUUCUUCAACAAGCACCGCAAACCAGCCGCAGCAGGUUCAGCUACAAACUGUCUCUCCUGCCCACACGAGCCCGACUGCAUGUUCUCUGCCAAAAAGGUUUACGCCGGCAAUGACCUGCGUGGCCUCGGAAGCGGAAACACGGGAUGGCCUGUAAAAAUCGUAGUCCCUGACAUCGAAGACUACCUCACCACUGGCGGCCACGCAGCCGGCGAAGCAGCAAUACUAAAAGAGCUAUCCGCCGACUACGACACCGACACCCCAGCAGACGAGAUCAGCAAGAAAAACUGGUUCGGCCGCUGCGUCUGGGAAUCCGACAACGACGUCUGCGACGACCAAGUUGUCACCAUGACAUGGGACAACGACGACGCCGCCAGCCCCAGCGACGGCCGCGGCCCCAAAAUCGCACAAUUCCACAUGGUAGCAUUCACCGCCAAGAUCUGCGAGCGGUACACGCACAUCUACGGCACGACGGGCGAGAUCUACGCAGACAGCGAUUGCAUCACCGUCACGUAUUUCACGAAGCCGACGCGCCCGCUCGAUGCAAGGAAGGAGGCCGCGUUUGAGAGUAAGAAGUUCUAUCCGCAUUUGGCGGGUGGUGGGCAUGGAGGGGGGGAUGCGGGGCUGGCGAGGCAGUUUGUGUUGGCGAUUGAUAGGGUGAAGAGGGGGGAUGAUUUGGUGACGGCGCAGAGGGAGGAGUUGGGGUGUUCGAUUGAGGAGGUUAUUACGAGUCAUGCGAUGGUGUUUGCGGCGGAGGAGGCGAGGAGGAACAAGGUUGUGUUGGAUUUUCCUGAGUGGUGGAAGAGGGAGGUGGUAUUGAAGUGA